GGAGUUUCCGGCUUCACUGCGCUCGAGCUCCUGCUCCGUGAUUUGUGAGCUCCGGAGUUUCCGGCUUCACUGUGCUGAAGCGGCACCAUGGAUGAUCCGUUUUUCGUCGUUAAAGCUGAGGUGCAGAAGGCAGUGCUGCGUGGGCGGGGCCUUUGUGAACGAUGGGCGGAGCUUCUACAGGAGGAGGAGCCUGUGAGCCGAGAUGAACUGGAGUGGAGCAAAAAUGAGCUACGUAACUGUUUACGGGCGAUCGAGUGGGACCUGGAGGACCUGCAGGAGACCAUCAGUAUUGUACAGUCGAAUCCCGGUAAAUUCUGCCUGCCUGAGACUGAACUCCAGGAGAGAAGAGAGUUUGUGGAGCAAACACGUACUGCUGUACAGGAGAUGAAGCAGCAGCUCUCCAGUCCCUCUGCUGUUGCUCAGGCUGAGAAGAAGAACAGACAGGCUUUGUUGGACACACAGCGGAAUGCAGGUUUGGAUCCUCACCUGGUAUCAGCAAAUUCCAGGUACAUUCAGGAACAACAGGAGCAGCAGCAGCUGAUAGUUCAGGAGCAGGAUGAGCAGUUGGAGCUGGUUUCCGGAGGCAUCCGUGUUCUGAAAGACAUGAGUAACAGGAUUGGGGAUGAACUGGAUGAGCAGGCUGUUAUGCUGGGGGAGUUCAGUGAGGAGAUGGAGCAGACGGGUUCCAGAAUGGAUUCAGUGCUGAAAAAACUGGAAAAAGUUUCACAUAUGACUAGCAGCCGGAGACAGUGGUGUGCUAUAGGUGCUCUCGUCCUCAUCCUCAUCGUCGUCCUCAUCCUCUUCUUUGCAUUGUGAGAGUGACAAUUUCGUCUGUCUGUCUGGCUGCGUGACUCCGAGACAGAGAGCAAAGGAGACAGGUGUGCUCUUGUCCACUCGGAAGACUGUUAAUCUUUGUCUGUCUCGCUGUCUGCGUCAUUGUGGUAAUUUUUAUUGUUAAUAUUUUUACACUGCAGUGGAGAUAAAACUGAAAAGUUACUGAGAGUUAUGUAUAGAGAUUUAACUUUUAUAAAGCAUGAUCAUAAUAAUAAUAAGUAAUUAUUAUUAUUAUGAUGUCAUCUGACUUUUUAUCACAUGAUCAUGAUGUAUUAAAGACUGUUGACAGUGUUGUUCUAAA